AUGACUGCUACUGCUAUUACCGAGGCCGAGGCGCCGCACAACAAGUUCGACACCAUCCUGGUGCUCGACUUCGGCAGCCAGACCAGCCACCUGAUCCUGCGCCGUCUGCGUGGCCUCAAUGUCUACGCCGAGAUGCUUCCGUGCACGACGAAGCUGGCCGAUCUGCCCUUCAAGCCCAAGGGCAUUAUCCUGUCUGGAGGUCCCUCUUCGGUCUACGACGAAGGCUCGCCCCACGUCGACUCUGCCAUCUUUGACCUUGGCGUCCCAAUCCUGUACGUUGCCAAAUGA